AUGAUGAGGCAAUCGAGCUUGAACCCAAUAAUCCUUUGCAUUUCUGCAGCCGAGCGAGAGUAUUUAAUAAUCUCAGACAAGAAAAAGCAGCUUUGCAAGACUUUAAUAGAGCCUAUAAUUUGAAGCAAGAAAAUCAAGAAAGUGGUGUUUUUACUGGGCGUGAAUGGAAACUUUCUAAAAAAGAUAUCAAUUUUAUUAACGACUUAUUAG